AUGACGAAUUCUUUUCUGAAGGAUAUCGUAAUAGAUGAAUUCCGAGCAUCAAAGAAGAAGAAGACUGCAGCUGAUGUCCGAGAUCUGCUCCAUCUGGAAUAUGGUAUUGAUCUCACAUAUAGUCAGGCAUACCAUGGUUUACAGUGGACUAAAGAGUUUCUUUGUGGUGAUGGCAUCAAUUCUUAUUCAGAUUUUGUUUGGUAUAAAGAAUCAAUUGAACGUUAUAAUCCUGGAAGCGUCGUCAAGUUUGAGUAUGAUGGUGUAACAAAGCAGUUCCAGAGGUUUUUUGUUGCUUUCAAAGCUUCAAUUACUGGUUUCAAUAAGUUUUGUCGUCCGAUGUUAUUUAUUGAUUGUACUUUUCUCACUGGGAAAUUUAAGGGCGAUUUUAUGGUUGCUUGCGGAAAAACUGGUAAUCAAGAGAUUUAUGUAGUUUCAUUUCCUAUUGUACCCUGCGAAAAUUUUGAGAGUUGGGAAUGGUUCUUAACCAAUUUGAAGGGUAUUAUCAGUGAAGACCGUCCACUGACCAUCAUAUCAGACCGUGGAGCUGGCCCUGUUGAAGCAUGUCCCUGUAAUCUUCCCAAAGACUUACCAUUCAUACUGUUUGUAUCACAUGAAAGGGAAUAUUCUGGUUCCAAAGGGCAAACUGCUAUGAAGUUGUUUGAAGAGUGUUACACUGCGUUAACGAAUGAGAAGUUUUAUGAUGCUGCCAAGAGAGAAAGGUUUGGUGAGAACACAUCAAACAUUGCUGAGAGUUUUAGCAGUGUGAAUAAGCAUGAUAAGCGGCUUCCAUCACUUGAGAUUAUCGAUUUUAUUCGUGCUAAGGUAAUGGAGAAGAACUACAAGAGGUUUGUGGAGUCUAGUAAGUGGACUGAAAAGAUUACUCCUCGGAUGCAGACUAGGCUCAACAAGAGGGUUACUAACUGUCGUUUUUACAAGUUCUGA